CCCCAGGAUUUCUCUUAUCUCCCCCCAGUACCAUGGAGACCACACUACUCUCUUUCCCUUCCUCCAAGCCUUCACCUUCCCAAACCCUAAUCAAUUUUGGCCCCGCAAACCCAUUUUCUCUUUCUAAACCAUUCUACAAAUCCAAUUCUCGCAGACCCAUCUCCAUCAAAUCCGCCAUUUCUCGCACCAAGAAGGAAGAAACUGUAGAAACUGUCAAAACACAGCUGGAGAACUGUCACCUGAUGGCAGCCAUAAAAUAUACAGGCUUUACCGUUAAUCAAUUCCAAGAAUUGAGGAGAUCAUUGCCUGAAUCCUCCAAACUUCUCGUAGCAAAGAACACUUUGGUAUACAAGGCCAUAGAGGGUACCCAAUGGGAGGCCUUGAAGCCCUGUAUGAAGGGUAUGAAUGCUUGGCUUUUUGUGCAUAGUGAGGAGAUACCUGAGGCUAUUAAGCCGUAUAGGAAUUUCCAGAAGGAGAAGAAGUUGGAGAACAAUGACUUUACUGGGGCGGUUUUUGAGGGGAAGUUUUAUGGGCCAGGAGAUUUUAAGCAGCUGGAGACAAUGCCAUCCAGAGCAGAGCUAUAUGCUAAAAUUUUGGGUGCCUUGCAGAGCCCUGCAAUUGGGUUGGUGAGUACCUUACAGGCGCCGGCCAGGGAUGUGAUUAUGGUGCUCAAGGCUUAUGUGAAGAAGCUGGAGGAUGAGAGUGGUGGACAAUAGUGGAUGUAAGUGUAUUCUUUUCAAAACCCAAUUUUGUGGUUUCCGAAUUGUUGUAACAGAAUUAAUGGUUAUCUGUUUCAUGGGAGUCAUUGGAUUUUUAAAAAAAAAUGCAAUGCUUGCUGUAGAAUUUUGUAAAAUUCUGAUCCAGAUAGUGAUCUUGAAUUCCAAUGUAAGUUAUUCCUUAUGGUUUCUGCAGUUUGAAUAACUUGGUUCUUUGAAUA